AUGGCUUCAUCGACGUUUCGUGGUCGGCGCGUCGUUGAUCCCAUACCACUUCAACGUGGCCCUUUGCCAAGGGAUCGAAAAUACCCCUCAUCUUUUUCAGGUAGUCGUUUUAAACGUUAUUUCAACAACGCGCACAGUUUUCCUCGAAAUAAGUUUACUUUCACUUUGUUGAUCUUAUGUAAGGUCAGAUUUCGAUUAAAGCUCACGCUUUUGUUUUGAUCAAAUCGAUCUGUUUAUUAGAAUUACAGGGCCGUGCGGUUGAAAGCAGCGCAAAACUUAAAUUUUAGUGAACGAAUUUCGUUUCUCAGUGUCAUAAGGUAAAUAAUCUUUCCACUUUGUAGAUUUAGCAGCUGCAUGGGAAAAUGUCGGAGAAGUGAAGUCUGCGGUAAGUGAAAUUUAAGCCAUUUUGUCUGGUUUCUUUUCAGCUGUUGUCUGGACUGGUUUACCUGUUAAAUAAAGAAGGGAUUUGUAUUUACUUUUUUCAGUAACAUUAAACUUGUUACAGAAAGUGUUCCUCUGUUUUUAAAACUUGUCCCAGUCUUUAAGGUCAUAUUUUUCUCAAGUUUGUUUUGAGCCACAUUAUAUAUACCUUUGUUUCCAUUGUCCCGGUAGAAGAGUUUGUUUAACGAAGUCAUCAAUAUAAAACAUGGUCAUACUUUAUAAAAUCGACUAGCGUCAAUACAAUCAAUAGCAAUCAAUAUUUUAAUAGUUAUCAUAGAUAACUAGUUGUUACAGUUUCUUAGAAAAUAGCAAUUUUACCACCUAUAUACAACUGAAUUUGCACAAUAGAGGAAGAUGUUCCCUUAUUAUGGCUGCUUCUGUGAGUGGGCAAGAUGAAGUAAAUCCUGCAUUCUUUUCGGCUACCUUAGUGCACAAGAUACGCAAGGCCUGUCAUGCCCACUUGGAGUUUUCCACGUUGGUGCCACAAGGAAAAAAAGUUCUCUUGGCCACUACAAAUUCUUUAUUUGACUGAGCUUGUUUGGUCAAGAUGGCCGCUGUGUCUCUCACGCAGACGUUCUUAGGUGUUCAUCACACGUUCUUGCCCCACUAACAUCUGCUGAAAUGAGUGGUUAAAUUCCUUUCUCAUUGUUUGCAAAUAUCAGCUGGAGCUCACUUGCAGAUUAUCGGAGAACCAAUCCGCACUGUUGAAGUUAAAGUGUUAAUUAAUUUCUUAUGUAAGGUGCAGUUGAAUAUUUUCAUAGAAACUGUGCGGUACCAAUAAUAAUAAUAAUAAUGAUAAUAAUAGUAAUAAUAAUAAUGUAUAUACGAUGAAAUGCUUAACUUAAAUAUCCCUAUUUCCCUUUCAUUGAUUAUUUGCUAUUUUAUUUUUUCACCCAUUCCUUCUGAUUACUAUCAAAAUGCCAUGUGAGUGUGUGACUAUAUAUGAAUGUUGAUUUUGUUGUUGUUGUUUUUAGCUACAAGAUGCAGAAGCCAGGAUUAAUGAAGCAAAUGCAGGACUUGGCUCUGAAGUGGAGCAAAAUGGAGAAGUUGAUGUUUCACUGCAAGAGGUCUUCUCAGAGAGACAAAGAUAUGGGAGAGUUGCCAGGUAUGAACUGAGGCCCAGUCGCUUUGGACAAGCUGCGUCUUCUGUACCCUCAUUUGGAGAAGACCAACUUAAUUCAAGGAGAGUUCCUGAUUUCCCUUUGGUAAGGAUGAUAUCGCUUUCUUACAAUGUUAGUGUUUCUUUUCCUUUAAAAUGUAAUAUCAGUAAACCACAGUUUACUCUCUCUUAGUGAACACCUACAGCAAUGCAGGGUCAUCAAAAUGCACCAGUUACUGGUGCUAUUGCCAGGUACUUUGAGGUGUUCACCGGCUGUAAAUAGUUGGAGAAGAGAAAAGAAAAUGGCUGAUUAAAAAAGUUGUAAAAUAGAAAAAUAAAAAUAAGUUGUUUUUAAUCAUGCCCUGAGUGUCUUUUUUUUGGGAUUUUUAAUGUUUUGUCGAAUCCGUUUCCACACAGUUCUUUCUGUAACCAUAAUAUGAUACCACAAAGUGAAUAAAAAUAGCGUAGAUGCAUGGUUUGUUUACAUUGUCUUUAAAUAAUCUUUUGCUAAGAAUGAAGAAUAAAAGACACACGAAAGCUUUCGAGUGUCUCUUUUUUGGAAAUUGUACGUGUUGGCACGCUAUUUCUAAUUUUGAAACAAAUGUCAAACAAACCACUGGUUUUCACACUCAUCUGGCAUGAGUUUGCGUUUGAAAUUGAAUGAAAUCAGUUGGUUCCUGCCUCUCUUUUCUCCUCUCUUAACUUUUAAUAAGACCGACAGCAUUCUUAGACGGACACUUAGUGCCAUUCCCAGAGGUGUCUGCCUUAGAGAGAUUUGACCGUAAUGGAAGACAGAAAGCAACUCUAGGUGUCCGUCCUAUUUGACUCUCUAUAAGACAGACAUCUCUCUAAGACCGACACUUAGUGUUGGUCCCAAAGGUGUCUGCCUUAGAGAGAUUUGACUGUAAUGGAAGACAGAAAGCAACUCUAGGUGUCCAUCCUAUUUGAAUCUCUACAAGACAGACAUCUCUCUAAGAUGGACACUUAGUGUUGGCCCCAAAGGUCUCUGUCUUAGAGAGAUUUGACUGUAAUGGAAGACAGAAAGCAACUCUAGGUGUCUGUUCUAUUUGACUCUCUAUAAGAUGAACAUCUGUCUAUGACGGACACUUAGUGUCGGUCCCAAAGGUGUCCAUCUUAGAGAGGUUUGACUGUAAUGGAAGACAGAAAGCAACUCUAGGUGUCCAUCCUAUUUGACUCUAUAAGACGGACAUCACUCUAAGAUAGACACUUAGUGCCAGUCCCAAAGGUGUCCAUCCUAUUGUUGUUGCUGAAUGUUACAAUAUUAUUCUUUCAUUUUUAUUCUCACAAUGGUAUCGUGUCCUAUUUUUUUUGUUCCACAGAGUAUCAAUAGACCAUCAGAGUCAUCUACCAGAGCCCCUGUACACACUCCCCUUCUGUCUCCACCUUCUAAGGAUAUCCAUGAUAAGGUUCCAAAUGGUAGAUUUUCAAGAAAUUCAGUGCCUUCCUAUUCUGCUCACCCUCCUGAAUCUGAAAUGCGAGACCCUGGUGUAGCCACUGCAUAUUCUUCACUUUAUACUGCAAAUGAUCCCUUGGGCCGUAGACCGCCUAUCAGGCUUUAUGGAAAUACCCUUUCAACAAUCCCAUCUGCUUCUAGCUUUGAAGACUCCUUAGAAAUUGGAGAGAGUUCGUCAAGAGUGCAUCAAAAUGAAGCAUGCUCAACUUCCUCCCUUGGACUCAGACCUACAAUAGCAAACAAUUCAGGUAUUGUUUUUCUGGCCUCGGUUGGUUAGAUGUUGGAUAGCACUGUAUACAGGAUAAAAUUAAUUUGGUGGCUAGUUUUUAGGAACUUUUAUUCAGAAAUUUUAACUUUUCUCGAGAUUUAGAAAUUAUUUUCUAGGCCUGCAAUAAUUUUAUUAUUUGCUCCUUUGAACAGUUGUUUUACAGAAAAAAUUCAUUGGGUUCCCCUGUGUAGAGCAUCAUUUGCGCAUGUUUGCUAACCUGUUGCAUCUUAAUCCCUAAAGAUUAACCUUCACAUUCUGAUGUUUGUGUUCAGAUGCUCUUGCAAGAUUAAAAGAAAGAAUAAAACAGCAAAAAGAGCAAGCUUCAAGGCUGAGUCCAACUGAUAGUGCUCAAGGUAAUGCUGUCACUAAAUAAUUGUGUACAUAAAUAUUUUUAAGAGUGUAGUGAAUCAUUGGAGUUAAGUUCAAAAUGCAGAAGCAUUCAUUCUGGGAGCAAGUCAACUAAUUCUAACACCUACUAUUCUGUUUUUUUUUUUUGUUUCUUUUCAUCUGUUCCUUCCUAAUAGAAGAUCCUCAGGGGAUGGUUUUACAUAUUCUGUUUUGAUGAGCAAAGUGGAAAAAUGAGCGCAAAAUGCAAUUUAUUUGUGUUAUAUGUUGAACAGAAAAGAAAACUGAUAAACUUGCCUCAUAGCACUCGACUAGUUGAGUCAUCAAUGCUACUUUAGUCCUGUCAUCUGCUUUUCCUCCUUAUCAUAUUUGUAAAGAGCUUCUCCCAAACUUUUCAUAACCUUUCACUUGUUUAAAGCAGAAUAAUCAUGUGUACAUUUUCAAAACUGCGAGGUUGAGUCUUUCUUAGUCGUGAUAACUUUUUUGAAGAUUUGUUCCAGUUUAGACAUUCUCAGGUAGCCAAGAACACUAGUCUUCUCAUCGUUAGUUUCUUGUUUUUUUUUUUAUGUUGUAAACGUCUCCUGGUAAACUUUCUUUGAGCUUUCACUUGCUCAACCUGUAAAAAACUCUCAACUAUUAAUUCAAAACCACGUGUCAUGUUAGACAAAACAAAGAAAUAAUCUUUCAAUUACAUCAUUGAUCUCUGUCUGUACACUUAUUAAGCUGAUUUAGCAAUAGAAUGGGAAUGUCAGUUGACGACGGGAAAGCGCGGGGAAAGGACUAAACGCUACUUCCAUUUCCCAAUUUGCUGCUCUACGGUUGGUCAAGCCAUUUGUUUGAUUUGCGCGUGCUGUCAUCAACUGACGUUCCCGUUUUGUCGCUAAAUCAGCCUAUUGAGAAGAGGGCUGUAACAACCAAUCAUUACGUUUUAUUUCCCCAAGAAUGACCAUCAUCUGUUUUCUCCUAACAAUGUUAAUACACUAUGAAGAGAAACCGGUUAUGAGAAUUACAGUCAAACCUGUGUAUAACGGUCCUGUAUUUAGCUGUCACCGGACAACUUCCGAAAAUUUUCAGUUGCCUUAUAUUUUUCUGCAAAGUUGAGCUGUAUAUAGCGGUCACCCUGCAUAUAAUGGUCACCUUGUAAUUUCCCAAGGGUGAGCAUUGACAGGUUUGACUGUAAUAAAAUCACCAAAGGAAAAAUGGUUUGAUCUUUUAUCAAAUUCUCUCAACUACCUCUUGAGGGAAAUGUACACUGUAUCAGGUUUCUCAAUAGAACCGCCGUGGGCCGCUAACUAGCGGCGAAUGAAACCCUAAAUAUCGGCGAAUGAAACACAAAUCCAGCGAAAAGAAACGAAACAAAACUCACCUCUGGCUUCGCUGAAGAGCCUCCUACUUUAUCAGUGAUCACCUCCUACUUAAAAAUCUAUUGAGAACCCUGUGUAUGGAGGUCAGUCUAGAGAAUUUGUAUGUGGAUAUCAGGGCUUAAAGUAAUGGGUUAAUUUUUAUACUUUGUUCUAAUAGGGAAUGGUUCUUCCAAUCCUUCACCUCCACCAGAACAGAGACCAUCUGUACAAAGCGUUGAUUCUACUACAGCUGCAGAUUCCUACAGAGCUGAUGUAGAUGUUCCUGUGAGAACUGCUGGAGUGAUAUCUAAGAGGAAAGUGGCCUCUGCUCCUGCUGCCCCUGCUUAUAAAGGUAACAUGAUUCUUCUUCUUGCACCAUCUCAGAGUUUUCUAUAGAAUUUUAAUUAGCAGCAUGUGCAGUGAAUUAGAGCGAAAUAUAAAUAAUGAUAUUAAUAGCUAUGGUUUGUAAAUGUUAAGCGUAAACAUUUAUUUUUCUGAUUAUCCGUCUUUUAUCAGGUUUUAGCAUUGUAGGCUCUCUCCUUUAGUUUGUACUUGAUUGACAAUACAACUUCAAAUCUAUCUGAGGGUGAAUUUCUUUACUAACAUCCAAAUCCAGAUUUUUAAUCCGAAAACAGAUAUUUUGUUUUUUUUACUAAAAUCCCAAAACGGGUUAGUGAUCCAAAUGAUCCACAAUGGAGGUGGAUUCUUUAGAUCAUAUCCAAAACUGGAUACUUUAUAUGUAUGAUCCGAAGCGUUUCUUUACUUUGGAUCCGAAAAGAGUGAAUAUUGCCAGCGGUAACUUGAAACAAUUUCAAUACAUACAUUAGCCUUUUGACAAGACUGCUCAUCUUUGUGGCCAUUUUUGAAACGGAAUCAUGGAUGAAACGAUUGAUUUGAUGUGUUUUAUCAGAGUGGUAAAAUCACAAUACAAACAGGACCUGCAUUGUUCUAGUUACAAGGAAAAAACUUUGACACAACUUUGCCAGCACAUCUUGCAAGACUUUCCUUUUUCAAUACAUAUCUUACAUGUGUAUUUCAUUUGGCCCAUCUAAAGCAGUAUCCUAAGGCUAACCAUCCAGAAUACGAUGAAAGAGCAGCAAACUUGCAACCUUGUUAGCAGCCAUGCUAUUCUUUCUCCAGUUUCUAUGGAAAUGAGUGAAAAAUAAUCCCUUUUUGGAUACUUUGUUUCUUUUCUCAAUGAAAAAUCCUGAUAAUGAUCUGGAUUUUUGAUCUGAUCUUGGAUUUUAGUAAAGAAACAUACCCUGAGUCAGGAUUUUUUGAUAGGCUUCAGUGAGGUAGAAUCAAAGACCACCGUGUUAUCUGAGGUGAAUCGAAAGGUUAAGAGAAAGGACCCUGCAACACACAAACUGAUCACAAAACCUGCAAACCAAAGGCCACAGAAACCAAUAACAAAGAAAGGUGAGUCAUUUCCAUUUGCUGUACUAAUUUGACGAUAACUUUAAAUUAAAAUUUGUGAAAAAUGAAGUAAUGGAACAGUUUAAAUGAACCCAGCUUUUUUUGAUUGUUAACCCUUUAAGCCCCAAUAUCUACAUACAAAUUCUCCAAACUGAUCUCCAUACAUAUCCUUUAAGAAUUAGUUGAGAAUAUUGGAUUAAAGAUCAUGGAAUUUUCUCUGUGAUAAUCAUUUUAUUAAUUCUCAUAACUUUAUCUCUUGACAGUGUAUGGAUAUUGUUAGGAGAAAAUUGUUGUUGGUCACUAUUGGGACUUAAAGGGUUAAAUGUUGCAGUUACUUUUUGUUUUCCCUUCGUUUCAACUUCAUUAACAUGCAUUACCAUACCCAAAAACAAAACACAAAAAUCAACUGAAAUAAGAAAUUAACUGCAACAUAAACAUCAACUGGACUUUACAAUAAUUCCUUUAAAAUGCCACCACUUAAUCACAAAUGAAAGUUGAGGUAAUAACAGUACUUAUCUAAGGUUGUUGAUGACUGAAGAUGAACGGCUUGCUUUUGGAACAAAUUCCGCUGAUUGGUACCAAUGAACAACUGCAUUGUUUAAUGGAGAUGUGCAGGGGAUUCCACCGGAGGUCAGCCAGUCCCUUUAAACUAAUAGAUUCUUAGUUUGUCUGACAAUCUCACAUCCCAGCCUUGAGCCCCCACACAAGGCAUCCAAGUACAUGUACCUGUCACACUUACAUGUACUGUCUCUUAGUAGCAGAAGAUCCAGGGAGGAAAAAAACAAUAAGAGAAAGACAGUAUUUCACCAGAUCAGCCCUACAAUGCGGCGGGAAUGAUUCAUGUGGGCAUGCGCUGGCAUGCCCACAUGUGAGUUUUAGGGAUUAAUAUAAACAGUUUUAAAACUUGAAAAGAAACCUUUGAAUUUGUUGCCCUUCCUUUGCAGGACCUCCAAAGGUGCAGCGAGUUAUAGCUCCCCGCCGUCCUACUGAUAUCAUCACCACAUCUUCAUGGCGUUCUGGUCAGCAGACCGUUAAAAGAAUUUUGGGUCCAGCCAAGAAGAAAAGUUCUUCUCCUGAGGGAAGUCGACCUCAGUCAAGAAGCAGCCAGGGCUCUGAUAUUUCAGAACCAAAGAGCUUGAAUUUUCAAUGGCGAGAUGAAGGUGAUGGGAAGAAACAUGCUGGUGUUGGAAAUGGAAGUGAGAAAGGUGGCGCACUAACAGAUGAGGUGCCUAGAGUGACAUCUCCAACUAAUCAAAAGCUUGUUAAUGGAUUGAAGAAGGAUUCAGGUAAUACAGUUAACUCCCUUUAUAGUGUAAGGACCUCAAGUCACUGUCCUCAUUAGUUAGAGUCCCUAAUAGCGGGAGUUUAUUUCGGUCAAACGUCUGCCUGGGAUUUAGCGGCUGUCCGUAUUAUAGCGGAGUGUCCACAAGGCAAGAGUUGACUGUAUAAGCCAGCAUGUUGUGGUGGUAUUAGUGAUGUUACAGGUUUUAGAUUACAUCUGAUUCUUGCUUUACGGACUACUCUAAGACAAUAACCUUAAUACCUAGAGUUGAUCACUGCUGUUUGUCAUUCAUUUUCCUUGAUUAACUAUUAGGUACAAUGUAGAAACCUCAUUAGCUUUCUAAAGAUGGACACUCAUAUGAGAACCAGUCAUUUUUGCAUUCUUUAUUGGUCUUAUAAUAGUUAUAAUUUAAAAUUGUUUUACUUUUCAACAAGUUUAUAAGAUUACAAGUUUCCUUUUCAAGAUCAAGUGUUAUAAAGAUGUUAAAUCUACACUGUCCUGCAAAUAGUGAUCACUAGUCUGGGUGGGUAGCAUUUGCAUUAUUGUUGAAAGAUGUUCAAAAGAAGUCCAUAAGACUUUUUUAUUAUGUUAAGGACAUCAAUAUAAGUGCAACAUUCAUAGAGAUUAAUUUCAUCUUUAUUCUACUUUCCUGAAACAGGAUCAGAUUCGGAAUUAUCUUGGGUACACUCUUCAGGUCAUGCAAAGGAAUCUGUGAGGGAUGCUGAAAAAGAUGUCAAGGAUUUAAAGGGAAACAAAAUAUUAUCAACAGAAGCUAAAAACAUCCUGUCUGACUUGGAACUUGACACAGACGAUGAAUCUGGUGGGUCUCUCUUACAUUAUGGUACCCCCAGACACCUUGCCUUUCAGCAGCAGGACUAGCUCAGUCAGUCGAGGGCUUGAAGGCACAUUGGGAGGUCAGAAGUUUGAUCUCCCGUGCCGAACCUAUACUUAAGGUCUUGCAAACAGCUCGACCUUCAUCCUCGAUAUGUGGCUCGGAUGACCAUGUAGAAUGGUGGUCCCAUCUUCAGUGGGGGUCAUAAAAUAUUGUCCUCAAUAAUAUUUGUACUUUUGUGCUAAAUAAUUAUUAUAAAUUUACAGUCAAUAAAGUGCUCUUUUUCUGUACUUGCAACUUAAAUUACAUAGGACUACUUGAUAACCAUGUAAACUCAUCUGCUAUACCUGCAUGUGUUUCCUAUUAUUUUUUCAGACAAGGAGAUGAAGAAGCCAGUAGCAGGACCCAAACCAAAACAGACAAGAGUUAAUAAACCAUCCUCUACAUCCAGAAGGAAGAGGCCUCUUAAUUCACAAUCACAAGGUCUGCAUGGUCUUCCCUUGAGUGAAUUUUUUGAAUUUGAAGGUUGAUGCAAACAAGGAAUUAACCUUAAAAUUGUCUGAACUCUUUUUCAUAGGUCCACCUAUGUCUUCUUAUCCACCCAGACAAAAAGUUAGACACUAUGAUACGGAUGAAGUAAAGGUAUGUGUAUCCCAAAUUUCACAGGGUGCAAAGAAAGUC